AUGAAUGCCAUUGGCACUGCAAAUACUGCUUUUCCCAAAGUAGUAAGAGGAAAAAUUCCCAUAUCGCAGCAAAUUCAGAAGCUCGGGCUUGCAAGGAUUGGGAAGAUGAGAACACCCAUUUGCAUGCUUAUGCUUCUGGUUCUCUCUCACAUCGUGCGUGGUAGCAGAAGAGAGAGAGAGCAGCAGAUGAAAAAGACCUACAUCAUUCUUAUGGACAAGUCCAAAAUGCCUGCAAGUUUUGGCGACGACCAUUUCCAAUGGCUAACUGCUGCGGACGCUGAGCUGCUUGAACAACAAUUUGGAAUUGUUUCUGUUAUGCCUGAGUUGAUAUAUGAGCUCCACACAACUCGGACGCCCCAGUUCCUCGGAAUGUUAAGCAAAAAUGAAGCUGUCUUCCCGGCAUCAGAGAAACUCAGCAAGGUGGUUAUUGGAGUGGUAGACAGCAGCGCAUGGCCGAGAUCAAAAGCUACGAUGACAAAAGACUUGGGCCAGUGCCAAGAAGCUGGAGAGGGCAGGUUUGAAGCAUCAAUUCUUGGACCCAUUGAUGAAAAAGUAGACUCAAGAUUACCAAGAGAUGUUAAUGGCCAUGGAACUCAAGCCUCAACCAUUGCAGCCGGGUCUGCAGUUCCAGGAGGUAGCCUCUAUGGUUAUGGUUCAGGGACAGCAAGGGGAAUGGCUACACAAGCUAGAGUGGCCACAUAUAAGGUUUGCUGGUCUGGUUGGUGCUUUAGCUCUGAUAUUCUAGCCACAAUGGACAAAGCUGUUGAAGAUGGUGUCCACAUGUUAUCUGUGUCUAUUGGGAGAUCGCAGUAUGAGGGUUUCUACACGGACAUUAUUGCUAUUGGAGCUUUCUCUGCCAUGGCCAAAAGCUACUGCGAUUUCCCAGCUUAUGUUAACUUGGGAAAUGGGAAAAAAAAUACAGAGGAGCAUCCAUUUACAGCGGAACACCCUUAUCUAGUGGAUUGCAUCCGCUUGUUUAUGCUCGAAAUGCAAGGAGGAACUUACAGCAGGGCUGAUAAGAGUAUGGUGGUCAAAAAGGCCGGUGGCAUGGGGAUGAUUUUGGCUGACAUUGAAGGUUAUGGAGAAGAACUUGUUGUCGACUCAUAUGUAGUAGUGGUUGGCCAAAACGCAGAGUUGGGUGUCGAACCCUCACCGGUGGUGGCAACAUUCAGCUCUCGAGGACCAAAUCCAGUCGCUGGAACAGUACUCAAACCAGACCUAAUAGCACCAGGAGUGAAUAUCCUAGCUGGGUGGACUGGUGCACUUGGACCAGCUAGACGAGCUGAGGACACCAGGAGGGUGAGCUUCAACAUAUUUUCAGGUACAUCCAUGUCAUGCCAGCAUGUGAGUGGACUGGCAGCACUUCUCAAGGCGGCUCACCCAAAAUGGAGCCCUGCAGCCAUUACGUCUGCUCUCAUGACCACAUCCUAUGCAGCAUACAAAAAUGGUGCACCAAUCAAAGAUGUUGCUACUGGAAAACCUGCAACACCAUUUGAUUAUGGUGCCGGGCAUGUGGACCCAAUGGCAGCCCUUGACCCAGGCCUUUUUUAUGAACUUGGUGUCGAGGACUACCUAAGCUUCCUCUGUGCCUAUCAUUAUACAACAAGAGAUAUCAAGAUACUCACCCACAUAGACUUCACCUGCGAUUCAAGCAAGAAUUACAGUGCUGGAGAUUUAAAUUAUCCAUCUUUUGCUGCUUCCCUAUACACAAAUUCAGGCAACGGGGGAGCAGGCACUGAAAAAUACACAAGGACUCUCAACAAUGUUGGUACCCCGGGAACAUACAAGGUCUCUGUGUCAACACCAUCACCAGCUGUGAAGAUCUUGGUUGAACCAAAAUCACUGAGUUUCACUCGAGCAUAUGAGAAGAAGACUUAA